CGCCCCCGGGAUGCAGUCCGUCUCGCCCGAUUAUGCCACCUGUGCUCAAAAGUUUAGAGUUGUUUCAACCUUUCUGCGGUCUUACUUCCACCCCGAGGCGUGGGCAGGCGGAGGAGAGCCGCACCGGCCAGCGCGCAGGGCUCGUACCGCGCCUCCCUCCGGGCGCCUGCACGAAGCGGCGGGAGGGGGGGGUUGGAAGUAUCGUGGGCCAAAAGAGCCGGGGGAGGAAAAAGAACAGGACCGCGCACAGCCAAAUCGUUCUCCUAGCGAAGCUGCUGGCGGAAAGCACUGGAGCAGCACGGGGUGAGAAGCCUGCAUUCAGAACGACAGCUGAGUGUGGUGGAGUGUGAGGUGUCGUGGCUUCUCCUACACAGAGAAUAUUUCGUAAAGGUGGUUUCAGAUGAGAAUUUGUGAGUGAAUGGGAUAGCAGCAUCUGAAAAUAUUCUUGUGCUGAGAUUGUGACAAUGGACAGGAUACAAGGAGACUGUGCCAGUCAUGUGGCACCAGGAGAUGGAGAGAGGAGCAGAGAAGACCCAGGACUAACUGUGCUGGGAAAAGCACAUGAGUUCUUUCAGAUUUGUGAUCUGGAAGGUAAAGGCUUCAUCACUCAUCAAGACAUGCAGAGGCUGCAUCUUGAGUUACCUCUUAGCCUGGAAGAGCUUGAAAGAGUUUUUGUUACAUUGGAUGCUGAUGGCAAUGGCUCACUUACCCCAAAGGAGUUCACCACAGGAUUUAGCCAGUUUCUUUUGGGGCAGAUUGCUUUGAAUAAUGAGAUGAUACAGCAAUCAGAAGGUGAAACAGUCUGCCCACUAAAAUGCGAAGAGACCAUCAGUGAUGAUGAGGAUGAAGAAUUCCAGUUCUCAAAUCUGAUGGAUCGGCUUGGAGCUAAAAAGGUUUUGGAUGAUGAGAGUGAUGUGAAGCAACUUUGGUUGCAGCUGAGAAAAGACGAACCUCAUUUACUUUCCAAUUUUGAAGAGUUCCUGGUCAGAAUUUUUUCCCAGCUCCAAGAAGCAGAUAAUGAAAAGAACGAGUUGGAAUGUGCUCUAAAAAAGAAAAUUGCUGCUUAUGGUGAAGAAAUUCAGCAUCUCUAUGAGGAAAUGGAACAGCAAAUCAAAAAGGAGAAAGAGCAGUUUCUCUUGAAAGACACAGAGAGGUUUCAGUCCUACAGUCAAGAGCUGGAGUGCAAGCUCCUGUCAAAAGAACAAGAACUAGAACAUUUGGUUCAAAAACAGAAAAGGGUCCCAGAAAUGCAAGUUGGUGUGGUGUGGUUCUGCCAAACUGUGACCCUCUGUUGCUUUUGUGUCAUAAGUGUCGAUACCCUAAUGCAUUUAAAUUUAGAGCAGCAAUGUACAGAACUUCUGAGUGGCAAAGAAGAAACCAAAGCAGAGAACACAAAGCUGAAGUUGACUAACCAGGAGCUGCUGGGAGACCUGGAGAGAACAUCUCAUGAACUAAGCCUGGCUCAACAAGAGUUACAGGUGCUUCAGGAGGAGGCAUCAAGACUACAUGAGGAGAAGGAAAUGGAGGUGUACCGAGUGACAGAAACCUUACAGAGAGAGAAGUCAGGACUUCUGAAGCAGCUGGAUUUUUUAAGGGAGAGGAAUAAACAUCUCAAAGAUGGACGUGACAUAUUUUUACAGAAAUGCAAAACAAGUGCUCCAAAAGCCAGCUGGAAGCAAAGAUCAGGGUCUGUCAUUGGGAAAUACAUGGAGGGCAAGAUGCUGCCUAACAGCCAUUCAUUUGAAGAAGAUGAUGUUUUCAAUAACCCAAAGAGAAGGAGUUCUGCUGGACUGAAUAGAAUUCUCUCUGCAGAGCCUGAUGCUGGAGCCACUGGAGGAAUGCCUAAAGCAUCACAUCUCCAAAGAAUAAUAUCAAUUGAGGAAGAUCACCUACCCCAGCUUCUUGACAGGCUGGUUGAUAAGCAGCUGAACAGAUGGACUGGAGAAGAUGAUAAUAGUUCUUCUGAGAUGGAAAUGGAUAAAAAACCCGCAGAACAAUCAAUGGAACACUCACCAUCAUCUUCUAGAGAGCAGCCCGUAGGGAAGGAAACACUGUCAAAAGAGGAGAGAAUAAACUCUGUCCCAGACUGCUUAUUCAAGAUUAUUUUUGUGGGCAAUUCGAGCGUUGGAAAGACUUCAUUCCUACGGCGAUUUUGUGAAGAUCGGUUUUUUCCAGGCACAGCUGCUACUGUAGGUGUGGAUUACAAUGUGAAAACCAUCACUGUAGAUAACACCCAGGUAGCCCUGCAACUCUGGGACACUGCUGGCCAGGAACGGUACCGAAGUAUUACCAAGCAGUUUUUCAGAAAAGCUGAUGGUGUCAUUGUGAUGUAUGAUAUAACAGCAAAAGACACAUUCACAGCUGUCAAGCAGUGGCUGAUAAGCAUCAAGGAGAAAACUGGGGAGAAUGUACCUGUGCUUUUGUUGGGUAAUAAAACUGAUAAGGAAAAGGAACGUGAGGUCCCUAUGGGAAUGGGAGAGCUUCUUGCUAAGGAUUACAAUUUCAUUUUCUAUGAAUGUAGUGCAUAUUCUGGGUACAAUACCAAAAAGUCUGUGCUACAUUUAGCUAGGAUUUUAAAGGAACAUGAAGAUAAAGUGAAAGAGAAAACCAUUGAACUUCAAUCUGAUAUGAAUAAAAAGUCUUGCUGUAGCAGGCCAUAAAAUGCUGGGGCAUAUUGAGACAAGUCAUACAUUUAUACAACACUACAUGACACCAUCAAAUUUGCUUUAUCUUCCAAAUAUUUCUUCUGCUGUGUUCUGAGUGUAGGUGUAAGUCAACCUUAAAAUCCUUGUAUGUGCUGAUCAUCACUUCCACAAAUCUCGUCUUUAGUUAAUUGACAGUGUAUUUGGGGUAGUAACAGUCUUUUACUGUUUUUUUUAAAAGCAACACACCAGCAACUGCAAAGUGUAUAACAUUAUCUGAAGUAUCUUUUUGUCAUUUCUGUGGAGAUGACAUAGCUGUGCAAACAUAGUAUAUUUACACUGCUGUAGGGUGCCAUUAAUCAUGAAAGUGGAGUCAUACAAAAUCAGCAUUAUAGACAUCUAUCAAAUGAUUACAAAUUAUCUGCUGGUAGGUCUCGAAAUGUAAUGCUAAAUAAGCAAGGCAUGGGCUAUCAUGAAGGGGAAUGUGUUUUAUCAGAUCUGAUGAUUGCUUAUAAAAUCUCCAUCUCUGGAAAUUUUCACACAAAGCCAUGGUGAUUUGACAUAACUUUGGGGAAAGUUCUGCUUGGAGCAGUAUAUUGGACUAGAAACCUCCCAGGUUUCUUUACAACCAACAUUUCUGUGGUACAGGUGGUAAAAACCCCAGAUAAUCUUUUAGUCAGGCAAACCAUUCUGCAUGUCUGCUUUGUAUACCAACAUUAAAGCCCAACAGUUAGUCUAAGACUGCUACAACACCUGCAAUAGAGCAUCUAAGGGUGCUAUGAAAGCACUCUAUGGUGCAAGACAUUCACAAGAAAACAAAUGUCAGUCCUAGCUUCCAGAAGGGCAAGAAGGAGUGUCCAGACAACUACAGGGUCUUAAAGCCAUUCCACAGUACCUGGGAAAACAAUAGAGCAACUAAUCCUGAAAACCAGACACCAGACACAUGAAGGACAAGCUGGUCACCAAGAAUCGUCAGCAUGGAAUUAUAAAGUGGAAAUUCUGCUUAACCAACCUGAUAGUUUCUACAAUGAGAUGGCUAGCUUCAUGGAUAAGGGGAGAGUCACGGGUGUUGUUUACCUCAACUUUAGUAAGGUUUUUGACACCACCUCCGAUGAUAACUUCUUCACUGACAAGAUGACAAAGUAUGGAUUGUAUUACUGGACAGGAAAGUGCUUUGAAAACUGGCUGAAUGACUGCGCCCAGAGGGUCUAGAGAAGAGAAGGCUCAAGAGGGAUCUUUAUCAGUGUGUGUAAGUACCUGAUGAAGGUGGGGAAUGAAGAGCAGAGAGACAGACUGUUCUCAGGAGUGCCCAGUGACUAGACAAGACAGACACAAACUGAAACACAUGAAAUUCCAUCUGAACACAAGAAAAUACUUUCUCUUUACUGUGGAGGUGGUCAAACACCAGAAUAGUUUUCCCAGAGAGGUUGUGGCGCAUCCAUUCUUGGAGAUAUUCAAAACCCAACUGUAAAUGGUCCUGGGCGACCUGCUCCAGCUUGUCCUUCUUCAGCAGUGGAAUUGGACAGGUGUUCUCAAGAGAUUGGUACUUUCUGGCUCCUGAAAUUCUGACUCUAUAUAAUGUUCAAAGCCCCAUGGGACUAGCAUGAUCUCCAGGCUGACUAGAUUUAUCCUCAUGACCACAGGCAGUUAUGUGAGUGCGGAGCAUAGUAAAAAGAACACAUGACAUACAGGCAGAGAUGAGGACAGCUUAGAAGAGAAGUUUGAUUUAGGUUUCGUUUUGAUUUAUAAGCAGAUUCCCUUUUUCUGUAUAUCACUGAAGUACAAGAUAGAAACACCUUGAGAUGAAGGAAAAGAAACAGUGUGUCAGUACUGUUGAAAGAACAAGGAUGGGAAGAAUGUUACACAAUGUCAAUGUUCUGGCAAGCAGAAGUGAAUUUUGCAUUUGGACCCAUGAACAUUAGGUUGGAAGGGUCUAGGCAUUUGUCCAGAUUGAGACCAGAUGUCACUCUGCUUAAUGGAACUCCUACUUAAUGUGCUUAUUUAGCAAUAGAACUCAAAUGGAAAGUUCUCCCAGAAAAUAUUAUACUUUGUCUCGCUUGCAUUUGUCAGUAGGAGGUGUCAGGCCAAUUUACCUGGUAUUCUGAAUAUUUUGUGAAUAUUUUCACAAGUUCUUUUCUCAGAUAUCUCCACGUCUUUACUGGUAAAGGAUACCUUCAGCUUUUUAAUUCUGCUACUUCCAUAUCCUCAAUUCAUAGCUCAAAACUGGUUGUCAUCAUGUGUUUUGUUGUUUUCUACAUGAUAUAUACAAAUGCUAUCCAUCACAUGCUGCUGUUUCAGCUUCACACAACGCUUACAUUGUUGCCUGCCUACACUCAUCCCUUAGGGAAGCAAGCAAAAUAGGAAGCUAUUUUUUUCUGAGAUGCUCUGUCAGUGGUGAUAAUAGCAAUUAUAAUCAGACAAUUACAGAAUUAUAAGAUAAUCAGACAAUUACAAAAGUAAAUAGUUUUUGCUUUAAUCAGGUCUCAUUAACUAAUGACAUGAUGAUAAAAUAAUUCUGCUAACUGAUCAGCAUUACUAGGUACUGUUAAUUAGUGAGCUAUGUAUGCGUUUUUGGACUGCCAUUUCAUAUUUCUGCAUAAAAAUCGUAGGACAUGUAUGGUUUGUGAUGAAAUUCUGUUGUGACCUUAACACAGGUCCAUUUCUGGUUCUAGGGCUGUGUUGUACUGGAAAUGCUGAUGGUCAUUUGAGUGAAUAGAAAUGUCUAGACAUGAAAGCACAGAACUGAACUGCAAAAGAGGAUGUUCUGUUUUCCACAUGAGGAUUCAGGGGUCAGCUCAGACUGACUGCUGUGCUGCUAAAAGACCAUGUUUAAUGAUUCAGAGGAAUGCCUUGGACUGUAGCCUAAACCUGUAUAUCCUAUGAGGAAGUAAGACUUAGUUUUGGUAGUAAUCUCAAAGCUAACACGGUUUCUUUCUGCUUCACAAUUACAGUGUAGUUCUCUCCAUGUUUUCUCAGAAAAUGCUAUCUUCACAUUCUUUGCAUCAUCACUUAUCUACAAUGUUUGUUUCUGCUGAAAAAUCAGAUAAAUAUCAAACCUACUAAGGAAAAGGAAAGGGAAAGUAGUCGGGGAGAUUGUAUCAGUAUCUGCAGAGACUGGAAAGACAGGUAAACAGAACAGCAGAGAUUGUAACAAUUUUGAGAGUAUAAAAAACCUUUUCCUUUCCCUUCAGCAGUAUCUGGACCCUAGAAUACUCUUUUGUCUAGAGGACAGGUGCUCUGCUUUAGCAGUCAUGUGUGCGCAGUGAUCUGCCUCUUUUUCUAUCUCAGUUGUGUAUAGCACGUCUUUUAUGCUUUUUGUGUCUAUCCCCAGAAGCAGCAGCUAUUUUCAGCGAACAGUCUUGUUCCCUGUAGGCAUACUACUGCCCUGGCUUACCUCAGUCAACAUACUGUGCAGAAAUACCAGUAUUUUGGGGAAUCUCUAGCUGAUGAGUCACACCCUCCUUACUCUAAAAUAACACGAAAAGCAAAUUUAAAGUAAUCUGUUUUUUUCUUUUACAAUGAGGCUAUUAGAAAACAAACAUGUUAGAUCUGAAACAUCAGGUUUCUUUCUUUUAGUUGCUUUUAAAAAAUAUUUCUAAGUGCUGUAAACUCAAAAUUUUUAGAAAGUUUAGACAUAAUCUGAAAGAUUUGUCUUCCUCCCACCUGCCUGUGUGCUUUGGGGAUUAACAUCUGAGAUGAUCUCUGAGAAAUACUGAAAGGAAAUGUUUCAAAAAAGACUAAAAACCUCCCACUUUUCCAGUUGGAACUAGACUGUGAAUGCAUAAUGCCUAUUGAAAAAGAAACCACCUGGCUUUUUUGUAUGUUCAAACUAGGCAAGUACACGCACUGGCAUAAAUUUACACCUCUUAUGCCAAGCUGAAAAUUACUCAUAAAAUGUGUCCUCCAUGCUAUACUGUUCUGUAGAGAACCUUGGGAGCAGAGUGGCUCUCUUAACAUUAGUGACUAGCUCCCUAAUCCUACAAGCACUGCACGUGUGAUUUGCGCGCUAUGCCUUUUAGAGGCAUGCUCAGUAUCUAGCUUUUUUGGAUGAUCCUUUGCAUUUCAAGUGACAGAACAAUGCCUGAGAAGAGUUUUAAUACUUUUCACUUAAGAUCAGAGUCAAGGCAGAAACGACCUGCUUUCUUUUUUCUCCAGUGCUGUAUUUGUUACUUAUCAGGGACACUUUUGUGUAAGUACUGUAUUUCAGUUUCCUUCUCGUGCUCAGCUCAUGAUCUUCUUUUCUUGUCAGUGGGAAGGAAAAAGCUUUAAACAUAUGUCUGUUUCCAAUGUCAACAGUCAUUUUGUCAUUAGCAUUUUAAUUCAAAGCUAUGAUGAUCAGUGGCUUGGGCUCAACACUAAAGUCCAAGAUAGACCUUCUUGUUCAAGACUUGAGAAGACUAGGCUCAGACCCUACUUGGAUUGCUGAUGAAAGCCUAGCAGCCAAUUGCACCUGGCCUGCAAGCUGUUUGCAUAGCUCUUUCACUAAUGCUGGACCUACAUAUGCUGAACUCAUUGAUGCUUUCAAAACCUUUGUGGUAGGUGACACGUAUAAAUGGCAUUGGAAGCCUAAAUUUUCUUUUUGAUCACUGUAAUUUGAAGACACUCAGCACUGCAGUAGGCAAUCUCAGUUUGUUAAGUGAUGGAGAAAUAUGUAGUAUGCUUUUGAUGUCAAGAAAAGCACAAGCCAGCUUCCCAGGGCUGAAUGUGAUUGAAGUCUAGUCAUCACCCCAGAAUUGUGCCAUUAAAAAUAUCAGCAAGAACUUAAUUUUGCAACACUGAACUGAAUGGGCGCUUGUAGUAAGAAGGCAAGGUGGCCACUGUUGGAGAGACCUACCUUUCUUUCACUGUCACUAGGUGAAAGAUGAGGCAGAAAGGGCAGUACAGUGCUUAAAAUACCUCUCAAACUGGUUAAUGAGCUGUUCUGAUCACGUUUUCUUCGCUGCUUCUUGUCCAUUGCAGGCAAAAAUGACACAUUCUCAGUAAAGGCAGGCCAGACCGUUGUGUUGUGUCUUUUUUUUUUAUUAAACAACGUGGGUUUGGUUUUUUUUCCUUCUUCAUUCUUUUAAUAUUAAAGAUAUAUGCAGUAGGCAAGAUAAGUGGAUGGUUUGAAGUAUUGUCAAAGUGUAAGUUAGACAAAGCAUGCGUCUUUCCCCUUUCAGUUGUCGUCAGCUCAGUAAUUAGUGGCAAAGGAGAAGAAGAAAACGUUGUUUGCGUAUCUUUAAAUGGAGGGGGCUGAGAAAAAAAAAUCUGGUAGAAUUCCUUACCUUGAAGUCCUAGAAUCACAAAAAUGUUAGUAGAAAGGGACUUCUAGAGGUUUUUCUGGUCCAAGACGUUACUUGAAGAGUAACUGAUCUACCUAUGAACUGAUCCCUUGAAAAUGGCAGCAAUAUUUGACAGAGAAAAUACUACUCAUUUUGUGAGGAAAGUUUCUCAUUGCAAGAAAUACGGAAGAAAAGUACUUUAAAACAACAGUGAGUAACUACACUGCAAAGAGUAUCAGGCAACAGGGAUGACCCCGGUAACAACAAGCCCAUCAAUCUCACUUCUGUGCCUGGAUUAUGGAGAGGAUUAUUCUGGGAGUUACAGAAAAACACCUGAAAGAUAAUACAGUAAUUGGUCCUAGCCAGCACAGGUUCACUAGGGGAAAGUCCUGCCUAACAAAUUUGAUUUCCUUCUAUGACAAGGUCACCCACCUAGUUGACCAAGGAAAGCCAGUCAAUGUGAUAUUUUUGGAUGUCAGUAAAGCUUUUGAUACUGCCUCUCACAGUAUCCUCCUGGACAAAAUGUCCAACGUACAGCUGCAUGAACACGUAAUGCAGUGGGUGAGCAGUUGGCUGAUGGGUCGGGCUCAAAGGGUUGUAGUAAAUGGGGUUACAUUGGGCUGGCGGCCAGUCACUAGUGGGGUUCUGCAGGGAUCCAUCUUGGGGCCAGUACUCUUUAAUCUCUUUGUUAAUGACUUGGAUGCAGGACUUGAAGGAAUACUAAUUAAGUUUCCUGAUGACACAAAAUUGGGAGGAGCUGUUGACACUCCUGAGGGCAGAGAGGCCCUGCAGAGGGAUCUGGACAGACUGGAGAUCUGGGCAAUCACCAACUAUAUGGAGUUUAGCAAGGGCAAGUGCCAGAUUUUGCACCUGGGUCACAGCAACCCUGGAUGUACAUAGUCUGGGGAAUGAGAGGCUGGAGAGCAGCUCUGCAGAGAGGGACCUGGGGGUUCUGGUCAGUGGCAAGUUGAACAUGAGCCAACAGUGUGCCCUGGCAGCCAAGAGGGCCAACUGUGUCCUGGGGUGUAUCAAGCACUGUAUUGCUAGCCAGUCAAGGGAGGUGAUUGUCAUGCUCUACUCGGCACUGGUGCGGUCUCACGACCUUUCCAACUCAGUACAUUCUAUGAUUCUAUGAUUUUUACUGCUGAAUUACAGUUUAAUUUUAGUCUACAUAGAUACCAUGUGAUACAAUCCCUAGACCAUAAGAAAUGAAGGCACUGUAUCGUUUUUGUGAAGGGAAAACCAAUAGAAACAGGUUUCUAAAGAGUGAAAAGUUGACAAAUACUGGCAAAAUACAUCUUCAAGUAUGCUUUAUUUGCAGGUGAUUAAAAAGAUUUUUAGGCAAAAAACUAGUCAAUCUUAUCCAGUACAUGAUGGAAUAUGAUUUAGUGCCUAAUGCCAGACAGACUGGAAAAUGGGUAGAUAGGACUGAUGAUGCAGUUUUUGAUGGAUUACAAGUGAUUAAAUGGUCCACAUUCAUAUAGUAAAAAGACUUGAUACAUAUGAAGAAUUAUAAGCGGUUAAUAAUUUUAACUAUAAGCAGGAGAUAUUGUAAGAAAAAACAAGGGAUGUAAGGGGAUGGGAAAGCUACAGACAUCUUAGUAGUAUCAGAAGCCAUAGACUUGUUUUUUAAACGUAAGCUUAUUCCUGCAAAUCACUGCACUUUUGAGAAUAGUAUUGAAAUUGAAAACUUAUCUAAAACAUCACCAAAAGGAAACACUAAUUCCUAUUUUUUUUUGAAAAUUAUUCUGUAUUAAGAGUUCUUGCAAAAAAAUCAAAAUAUGCCAUGGCCAAGAAACAUGAAUUAUUCACCAUUUCAGAGACUUUGCAUUCAUCACAUUUAAAUACUAUAUGUCCAAUUUCAGAAGGUCUCAUGCAAAAUCCAGCUAUAAAAACUCACCACAGAAUAUUUUCAAGGAUAAAAAGAUAAUGUUUUUUAAAACUCUGACAGACAUCCAGUUGUGAAGGUGGAUUUUGAAAAUAAUAGUCCAUAUUUUCCAGAAGGCAUUCAAAAACACAGUUGUUGACCUUUCUAUAAAUGCCCAGCUCUUAUCUACAUUUUGCAUGGAAUAUUUACCAAAGCUAUAAUUUUGGACAGUUACUGGAAUAUAUCACUGCCUGGAGUAGUGCCAAAGGUAACAAUUAUAUUUCCAUAACUGCAUAAUGAGAAUUAAAUAAUCAGAAAACAAAUUCCUAUUAUGAAAUGACUUUUUUUCUCAUGUACCAUAUAUAUAUUCAGUUAUAUUGAAUGUAAGUCCAGUAAUACUAUCACAGUAAUACGCAGUAGUGGUCUUUCAUACUGAGAAAACUGCCCUAAACAUCUUUAACAUGCAAAGCUUGGAAGAACCAGAAAUUCAUGUAAGUAGUAUAAUUUGUAUACGCAUCUUCUGCCAUCCUAAAGUUAACCAGAACACUCAAGACUGUUUGCUUAUAUUUCCUAUAUGUUUGACAAAAGUUACAGUUCUGUAUACUGUACAUUCACAGCGGGAUCCCAGCCCCCUGUUCUAUCUGCAAGGAUCAGGUUACCACUUUCCAUCGGAGUAAACAUUCUGGUAUUUAAUAUAAUAAUCUUGCGAACAGUUGUUCCUAGCUUGAAGUUCAGCAGUUCAGGACUUGAUAAAAUUCUCCUUUUCAUCUCUCUGAAAGGUUUCUUCCUAGCGCAUUUUGUAGUCAUUAGAUACUGACAUUUCACAUAGCUGUCCUUUAAAAUCCAAGUCUACUGUGAAAUCCAGGUCACGCUGUAAAAAGAUUUAAAUGUAACAUGUAAGUAAGACUAUAAAUUUAGCAUAUAAAUUCAGUUAUCAUUGUUCCAGUUGAAAAGACCUGGAGAUUCAAGAGAUACCUUCUUUGGUUUCUAACUUCUUUUGUUUUUAAGUGUUGCUAACACUGAAAAAGCAGGAUAUAGGAUGUGUAAUAGCAUUCACCAUACAAUCUAUGUCUAGAGCAUAUUUCUAUAUUCUUCUUAAGGCUGAUUUAGUAUCCUGGUUACAACUAGGAAGCUUCUGAAAUCCUGUGCUAUCAUAUAUAUUCCAUAACAAUUUUUUAAGGUUAUCCCCCACUGAGAUGCUCUCAAUCUAGGGUGAAGGGCUUUCACACUAGGACUUAUUCUAGAAUAGAUCUAGUAAACUUUCAAUUGUAGAGAAGUCCUCAGUCAUUCUUUAUCUUAUAAUGACAUGUUUCUUGGAAAGAGGCACUACAUAGCCCUACAAAAUGAUGCUGUCUCUCUACAAGCUUUUGAAAGGCUUCAUGCUUCAGAAGACCAAAGCACUAACAAAUCCUUUUGAACCAAGGUGGUCUCUCUGUCUUAUGAUAACUAUCAAGAACACAUUAAUUUUAGCACCUAAAUCUGCAUUCAGGUGCUUAACUGCUGUGAUAACAAAUUUGAAAUAUUUUCUUCAUUUUUCCCUCAAAAGAAAGUUGAUACAUUCAGCUCAAAAGAAACUGUUCCAGUCCCCCAGAGAUAACAUAAAGAUGGGAGACACACUGUCUGCCUCUACUUUCACAGCAAGCGGUAACUUCAGGAGGAGUGAAUGUUUUAAUGCCAAGUUUAUUUUGUGUUUAUUUCUUCCCCUGUAUCCACACUACCAUGAAAACUGUAUCCAAUCUGUAUUCGAUACAAAAAAGGAAAAGUAAUGCAAAAAAGAAAAUCAAUGAAAUGUUAAGAUUUGCUGCAGUCAACAAAUGCAAUAGUUCAUCAAUUACAACAACUGCAUGGAUGGAUAAUAACUAGGUUAUUUUAAUGGUUGUAUGUUGUAAUAGAAAAUGAAGAGAUUCUGCUCAAGGUUUUUGGCAGAAAAUGGUGCCACUGUUUCUCCUGGAAGCCAUAGUUAUCGUGUCUUGCAUAUAAUGGCAUGGGUUGUCCAUCAGACCAUGUCUCAUAGUCUCCUUACAAGUUAAAAGAAGAACUGAAUAACUAACAUGCUUGGUGAGGGAUUCGGCCCAUAGCAGAGAAAUUAAGGAAGUUUUCACCAGUCACGAGAGUGUGAGAUCCAUCAUGCUUUAGCUUUAGUCUAUUUAUAUAAACUUAUGUAUUUUCUGUGGAAAGCCACAAUUUUUAAACAACCGUACCAUUUGUGAGGUCAAAUACAUUUGAUCACUGAGUUCACUGAAAUCUGUUACUUAAUUUCCUAAAGGAGAGUUACUGGGAACUGAGUGGGAAAUCUGGCUGCAGAUGUGGAACUGAAGUACUUACUCUUGAUCAUCCUGUGUUGGCAGAAGGGAUCUUACCACUGAUUUUAGUGACAGUAUGAAGAGACCCUUGCCUACUUGUGUCACAAAAUGUGAGUCAAGCUGAUUGCAGAGGGCAGCUGACUUGAUGAUGCACUUGAAUCAUUACUUCUUUCCCUUGCUAUCUUGCUCGCAGGCUGAGUUCUAGAACAUUAGCACUACAUCACCAUUGCUGUCACCAGCUUUGGAGAAGCUGUGACUAGAGCUCUUCCUAAUAAACAUUAAUUUAGAGCCUUUAGCAUGCUCAUUGUUUUACUUACAUGCAUUUUGUUUAAUGUUGAUUAUAGUUUGUGAUCUAUAGAGUUGGAAUUACAAUCAGUGAUGCUGACUCACCACAUUUUUUGCAUUUGGUUUCAUGGAUAUAGUCCCAUAGAUUUCUUCUCCUCGUCUCACAGUUAAAUAGUCCUCUAAGUAGAAGACAGUUUGCUUCCAGUGAGUAUAGGGAGCAUCAGGUGCUAAAAAUAUAUAUAUAGGUAUUAUUUACAGAAGUUUAAUUUUUUCUACAAAUCAAAUUAAGACUUGGGAACAAUUAAAAUAUCAUUUCUUCUCAUAGCAUGCUUUAACUUACAUAUUAGCAAACAUCCUUUACAACAACACAAUUCUAUUGACUGUCAGAAGUUUUUUUUUUAAAAAAAAACUGUCAGGACAGGAAUUUUUAACAGUUCUUGUUUUACAAAAUUCUAGAAUCACAAGAUUGAUAUAAACAAACUUUUGUCAGAAGCUGUGUUGGCAAACUGAUAUCUUCCAAAGGAAAAGUAUUUUACCAGAUAAUUUCUGGCUAUGUGUUUAGACGGUUUUAAUGACUGUUAAUUGCUAAAUGGAGAGAUCAUCUUGCAGGAGUUCAGAUCCAGAAUCUGUUUUCCAUUUGGACGUGCCUCUGUAAAAUUUCUAACUGAAAACAUGUUAGACCAAAACUAAACUGAACUUAUAUUGUAAAACAUAACUGCUAACCUUGUACACACAUACAUGUGCACAUUUCCUUCUGCAGAACUAUCUUCCUUAGAAAAGCUUGACAUAUCUGCAAACUUGUGCUCCAUGAACAGGGUGUGUGUGGAACAUAGGCACAGGUCUUCAAGUCCACUCCAAAUCACAUACUUAUUUUCUUCAUAAUUAAAAAAAAAGACAUAUCAAUGAAGUGGUAAUUCCUCAUGUUCUGCAAACUUGGAUAUUUUACUGAAUUCAGCAGACCCUUGCCAACAGACAGUAGCUGAGGAUCCGGACCAGUCUUACAGACAGUGGUGAUAUUCCUUCAGUUACAGAAGGCCAAAUGACCUUUUUAUGGAGUAACUUGUUCUGUGCCUACCUUAUCAUGAUGUGCUGAAUAGAGGCAGAGAACCACUUUCCUCAACCUUCUGUCUACACUCAUGCUAAUACAGGUCAGGAACAUUAGCCAGAUAUGUUGCAAAGCCAUACUUCUGACUCAUGUUCAGUUUGUUGCACACCAGAAACCAAGAGUCUUUUCCAACAAAGCUGAUAUCUAUCCAGUUGGCCCAAGCAACAGCAUGGAGUUGUUCAGUCCCAGCUGCAGGACUUGACAUUUGGCAUUGCUGAGCUUUAUAAAGUUCUCAUCAGCCCAUUUUGAACCUGUGUCUUUCUAAAUAAUAACCCUUUCUUUCUAGCCUAUGCUCCUUCUGAUUUAGGAUCUUCAACAAAUUUGCUGAGAGUGUACUGUAUCCCAUCAUCCAGAUCAUUAAUAAAGAAGUGUGUGGAAUGAUUACUGGGGGUGAGAUUAUCAAGGUUGAAAUUACUGAGGCUAAAGUUAUAUCCACAUUUCAUAAAAGUUAACUUCCGGACUGGAAUGCGGUUGGCAUGCUGGAAAUUGGUUCAGUGACUGUCCCCUAAGCAACACCACCUGCGCUCUUAGAUGUUAGGAACAUUGAGGGAGCUCAGUGUCCUAAUCUAAGGCAGAUAACUGGAGGAGGGAGUGAAGUAAACACUUCAUGGCCAAACUCAUCCAUAAAUCACUGCAGAUGCAGGGGCUGGAUGGAACCAUGCCCUGACCAGCACAGUAACAUCAUGCCCUGUGGGUGAACUUUGCUUAUUAUAAAAUCAUUAUAAUACUAAAACACACACACCUCCAUCCCAGAGUUACCUGCCUCCAAGGUACAACCACCCCUCACUGAGCAUGUGCUCUGAAUUUCUCUUAGUCCAUACUUUUAAACUGAGGCAAGGAAUUUCUACACCAAUCAAUAACGAAAAGUAUGUAUGACUAGAGUCACUCAAGCUCCACCUAAACAUAAAAUAGUAUAAAAAUGUCCCCAAGAGAGGGGGAUGUUAGAAAAGAUACCACUGCAGACUACUGGGAUCCGUCGACAGGCUGAACCUCUCUUCUCCCCCAUAGGAAUGCCUAUUGGGUAAGACUCGAACACUUGGUUAUACCGAGUCAUUCCUCAGGAAAUUUAGAGAACAAGCUUGUUAUUUUGUGUUUUGUGUUGUAGUGCUUUAUACUUGCACAUGCUUUGCAGACAGUGUGUUUUUCACCAGCAAUCAAAUGAGACCCUGCAUUUCUGUAGCUUCAAUAAACGGCACUAUUAGUGAA